UCUCUCACUCUUUCUUUUCCUUUCUUUCGAUUUCAACCAAACCAAACCAAACACAGCCGCCGACAAUCCAACGAAUCCAACGAAUCCUUGCCCUCUCCAGUCUCCACCCCUCACCUCCUCCCCCUUCUCCCAUCCAUCUCUCCCCCUCAAACAACCAUCCCUUCAAACCCACCGGAGAGCGCCAACCGAUCCCCGCCGUCGCCUCCGACCCAGUGAUCCCUGUCCACCUCGAGGCCGUCGCUCGUCUUCGUCGUCGCUCGAGGCCGCUGACGCUGAGAUCUCGUCGCCUCUCAUCGAUUCGAGCAGCUUUCGACCCCUGCAUCCUCAGAAAAAAGGUUUGCUGCGAGGAUCAAAAGAGAAGCCCCAGAACCCUAGAUCCAGAUACCCCAGCUUGGGGAUUCUCGAACUUCGAGCGUUAUGUCGGCGCUGUUCAAUUUCCACUCGUUUCUGACGGUGGUGCUGCUCGUGAUAUGCACGUGCACCUACAUCAAGAUGCAGUUCCCCACCAUUCUCGAGCAGAGAACGGGGUUCCGUGGCUUCUUCUGGAAAGCUGCUAGAAUAGGUGAACGACUAAGCCCAUGGGUAGCACUAGGAUGCUUUGCAAUGGGUAUAUCCAUAAUUGUUUUCUGAAAAAUCUGGAGAUGUUUUCGCUCUUUGAGCACUUGUUAUUUUCCUGUUAAUGUCAUCUGCUUCUUUUACCGAUUGGAUGUUUUUCCCCGAUUCAAAGCUGAAUAUUGUACUUAAUGGUAGCAGGCUGAUCAAUAUGGGCAUUUUGGUGCUCUCUCUGUAUUCAUUUGAUACUUGGUGCGGUGUUGUACUACAUUUUCAUUUUAUUCAUAAACCGUUCACCUCAAGUAUCCCGUUGGUACAAAAGUAAUUUGGAUUCUUUA